GUAUGCCUGUCAUUUUUUAAUAAGAGAUUUAAUGAUUAUUAUGUUCGGCUUCUUUUUAACCCACUUAGCUUAGAUGUCACAAACAAGUUUAACAGUAAUUGCUGACGUGUUACGGCUUACGAAAUGGCGUCGUUAACGGCGACAGAAGCAGCGUUAUGUCCGUCUGCAAUACAAACAGCUGAGUCCAUUAUAGUGCCCGCUUGUAUGUUUGCACCGGACCGGGGAUGUGCAGACGAUGGAUCCGGCGGUGAAGGCUUUGAGGACGGGGAAGGCACAAACGGCGAGUCCGCGGAUCAUUUAGACUUAAGCAGCAAGGUGGCCCUAGUGAGUCCGACAGGGGAACAGUAUGAUUCGUUACUACGGCAUCUGAGGGAGCGAAUAGAUGGGCUGUAUGAGGGCUGUGGAGAGACCAUCUAUGUGGUCGGCAUGGGCUCAGACGGAGGUGACUAUGGUCUCGAUGACAAGGAUAUGGAGGCGUCGGUCGCCACGGUGAAGUCCUUGUGUGAACAGAUUGAGGCUGAUCUAAUCCUGCUGAGAGAGAGGACAGACACCGGCGGAAAGAUUCAGGAUUACCUCAUCCGCAGGCGUGUGGGCGAAGAGGAUUUUCUGGAAGUCAGAGUGGCGGUGGUGGGGAACGUGGACGCUGGGAAGAGCACGCUGCUGGGAGUCUUGACCCACGGCGAGCUGGACAACGGCAGAGGCUUCGCUCGCCAGAAGCUCUUCAGACACAAACACGAAAUGGAGAGCGGCAGGACCAGCAGCGUGGGCAAUGACAUCCUUGGUUUUGAUCAGGAGGGACAGGUGGUGAACAAGCCAGACAGCCACGGCGGCGGCUUGGACUGGACCAAGAUCUGUGAGAAAUCCUCAAAGGUCAUCACCUUCAUCGACCUGGCGGGCCACGAGAAGUACCUCAAAACCACGGUCUUCGGCAUGACUGGACACCUGCCCGACUUCUGCAUGCUUAUGGUUGGCAGUAAUGCUGGCAUCGUUGGCAUGACCAAAGAGCAUCUGGGUCUGGCGCUGGCCUUAAACGUGCCGGUGUUUGUGGUGGUUACUAAGAUAGACAUGUGUCCAGCCAACAUCCUGCAAGAGACACUAAAAUUAUUACAGAGGCUAUUAAAGUCGCCAGGCUGCAGAAAAAUCCCCGUGUUGGUCCAGAACAAGGAUGAUGUCAUCGUCACAGCCUCCAACUUCAGCUCCGAGAGGAUGUGUCCAAUUUUCCAGAUAUCAAAUGUGACCGGGGAGAACAUGGACCUGCUGAAGAUGUUCCUCAAUCUCCUCUCGUCUAGGACCAAUUUUAGCAACGACGAACCUGCGGAAUUCCAGAUAGACGACACAUACUCCGUACCGGGUGUGGGUACAGUUGUUUCAGGAACUACGUUACGUGGGAUGAUACGGCUCAACGACACGCUGCUCUUGGGCCCGGACCCGCUGGGCACCUUCAUCCCCAUCGCUGUUAAAUCCAUCCACCGCAAGAGGAUGCCUGUCAGAGAGGUUCGCGGUGGGCAGACGGCGUCCUUCGCCCUCAAAAAGAUCAAGCGCUCGUCUAUAAGGAAAGGUAUGGUGAUGGUCUCCCCGAAGCUGAUGCCACAGGCCACAUGGGAGUUUGAGGCCGAGAUUUUGGUGCUGCAUCACCCAACCACGAUAUCCCCGAGAUACCAGGCCAUGGUCCACUGUGGCAGCAUCAGACAAACAGCUACCAUCCUGACAAUGAACAAAGACUGUCUGCGGACGGGGGACAAGGCCUCAGUCCACUUCCGCUUCAUAAAGACUCCGGAGUACCUGCACUGUGACCAGAAGCUGGUGUUCAGGGAAGGACGCACAAAAGCUGUGGGCACCAUCACCAAGCUUCUCCAGUCAGUGAACACCCAGGCAGCUAAGGCCCAGCAGGCCAAGAUGCUGGCCAGUAAGAAGAGCACAGCAGCCAAUGAGGAGCCUGGAUCGACAGCACGACCGCCCAGUCCAAACGCAGCACAGCUACCACUCAAAUCUGGAGGCGGAGGACGCAGGAGAGGCGGUCAGAGACAUCGAGGGAAAGGCCUGAACGCUGCAACAAUCCCCACAGCGGUUCCCGCAGGAGCAGCAGGCACCGCCUAAAAAAAAAAAGAAGAAAAAAAUAAAAGCACACAACCUUUCAUUUCUCCUCAUCUCCUCUACAGGGAGGGAAAGUGACUGCGUGGCCCUCUGGUGGUUGCAUUCAAAAGACUGUCUGCACAUAAUCCUUCAACAUAAAAAUGAUUAUUCAACAAUCAAAAAAAAAAAAAAAGGGUGAAUUAUUUUCUACAUCAAGUUAAUUUAAAGCUUUAAUGGUGUAAUUAAAUGUAGGUUGCUGAAGAUGAUACUUUUUUGAGUUUUAUUUAGUUUGAGUUUUAUCAGAGUUAACGGCAAUUUCUAGGUUACAUUUUGUAUUUUAAUGCAAAAGCUUUCUUCUUUUUUUUUUUUGGGGGGGGGGGUGUUCAACUUAUUUGUAGUUAAUAAGAACUUCUCGUACAGCAUUAACUAUUUUUUUUCCCCCAGCCAGCAGAGGCAGCUGUCACUUUCCCUGCCUAUCUCCACCAUCCACACGUCUUUCUUUCUUUUCUGUUGCGUUUCUUUCCUUCAUCAUUUCUAACGUUCAUUAACGCACCUUUUCGGACUAUACUGGUCUGUUUUACUGUCAGUAAUUCAGUAAUCUGAGGAGGAAAAUUGUUUUUUUUUAGAAGCUGAAAAGCAGCAUUUUUUUUUUCUCUUGCAGAAGUUCUCAGUCAUUGAGAGAGAACUAGAGUUUGAAUUUACAUUUUGGAUUUGCUUGAACUGAAAGGGAACUGAUGCCAAACUUUUUUUGUGGAAAUGUAUUAAUGUAUGUGUCAUACAGAGGAGGGAAAGUUGCCAGGAGUGCAGAAAAAAGAAGUUACACCAGCUUAAUGUUUGUUAAACUUUAUAGUAAAAAAAGAAA